AUGGCGGUUUGCAAGGUCCACACGGACUGCCCCCUGCCCGGCACCUUGGUCGCACUGCAACCGAGAAGGGUUCUCAUCGUGGGCGUUGUUGCCGACCCGGGGCGCCCCCAACGGUCCUAUAGCGCGCAGGUGUGUCAAGCGGGGUGGGCGUUGCGACGCGCUAAGAGGGCACGUGCUAUUGCAGAGAGCCCCCUGCAACCCGGAUCGCGUGGCCGGCGGCAGGCGCUUCACACAGCCGAUUUAAAAACCAGGACGGAGCUCCACCAAUGUGGCGGCUCCCAAGGCAUACGCAGAAUGCGCAUUGGGCGGCAAAUGCAGCGCCACUUGAAGAUCAAUAUGCCCUUUGCCGACGCAGAAAAGCAGAAAAUAUGGAAAGGCGCCUCCCCUGCAACCUUUGAGGAAAGACAUGCGCUUCGCGGGGCUCGCCCCGCAGUCGUGUGGCCACGGCGCUCGGGGCCAUGUUUCCCCCGAGCUUUUCCCCACCAAGGGCGCCCGCCCCCACCUUCGUACGGCAUGUGGCGCACAGAGUGA